AUGUUUGGAGGAUCUGUUUACAAAUUCUUUGCCAUCGCUGCGGUUAUUAAUCAAAUUUUUGACUUGACGAAUGCGAGGCCCAGUCCUCGUGGCAGUAACAGCAAUUCUAAUGUAAAUAUUAACACAGUUUUAAAUUCCCAGCGGAAAUACCGAAGAGCGCAAGCUGCCGUAGAAAAGCAGAAUGCUGAUAAAAUAAUAGAAACUGCUGCUGUAGCAACGGCCGCCGCGGAUGCUGCUAAAUCCGCGACCAGAUUGCUGGCAAUGAGAUUGUCAGACAAGGCAGCGGACGCGGUUGCCGAUGCUGUUGUCAAAGUAAUGACAGAAAAUUCUAGCGAGCCGGUGCAAACUGUCGCUAAAGUAGCAGCAAGAGCUGCAGUUGCUGCGAACAACAGGAAGGAUACUGAUCCUAAAACUUCUGAGGAGGCCACUGGUCACUCAGAAGGAUCAACUGUGCCUCCAGACAAUGUAGCGAAAGAAUCCACAGUUGCGGGAAAGAGAAUCGCUGAAGACAAAAAAAUCGACAGCAGUUCGGAGGAAGCUUCGGAUAAAUCUUUGAAUGGAAGAUAUUACAGUUACGGAGCUCCUUGGGAAGGCAGGUUUGAUUAUCGAAGGUCAAUACUUGAUAGGAUGGAUCUUCCUGAGGAUAGAUUUGGUCAAUAUGAUUAUUGA